AUGUCCGUCCUGGCUCUGCUCAGCUGGACGCUGCUGCUCCUGGUCCUGCUCCUGGUCCAGAGCAGCAGCUCCUCCUCGGACCCGUCCGGCCUGCCUGCGUCCGGCGGUGCGGACCCGUCCUCUCACUGCCCGUCCUGCGCUCUGGCCCGCAUGAGGAGAGGCGGGGAGGAGCAGGAGGAGCAGGAGGAGCAGGAGGCUCAGCAGGACGUGGUGGAGGCGGUGAAGAGGCACAUCCUCAACAUGCUGCACCUCCAGGCCCGGCCCAACAUCACGCGGCCCGUGCCGCGCGCAGCGCUCCUCAACGCCCUGCGCAAGCUCCACGUGGGGCGCGUGGCGGAGGACGGCAGCGUGCAGAUAGAGGGGGGGAGGAGGAGGGAGCGAGGGAGGGAGAGGAGGAGGAGGAGGAGGAGGAGGAGGAGGAGGAGGAGGGGGGGGGGGGGAGCGGCGGCCGUGGAGGCGGCGCGCAUGGGAGACGGCGGCGACGCGCAGGAGACGACGGAGAUCAUCACCUUCGCCGAGGCCGGUGAGGCUCCCGGCCUGGUGAACUUCGUCCUCUCCAAAGAUGGCGGCGACCUGUCUCUGGUGGAGCAGGCCAACGUCUGGCUCUUCCUCCGUUUGGCCAAGACCAACCGCAGCCGAGCCAAAGUCACCAUCCGGCUCUUCCAGCAGCGCCGCCUCCCCAACGGACGGCCGUCUCCGCCGCAGGACGACGUGCUCCUGGCGGAGAAGACGGUGGACACGCGUCGCAGCGGCUGGCACACCUUCCCGGUGUCGGCGGCGAUGCAGGCGCUGCUGCAGAGCGCCGUGAGCACCACGCUGAGCCUCCGGGUCUCCUGCCCGCUCUGCGCCGACGCCGGCGCCACGCUCGUGCUGGUCUCCGGCGGCUCCGAGGCGUCGCAGCGCUCCAACCAGCGGGAACAGUCCCACCGGCCGUUCCUCAUGGCCGUGGUCCGGCAGGAGGACGGCAGCGACUCGCCGCGGCGCAGGAAGCGCGGGCUGGAGUGCGACGGGAAGGUCCGCGUCUGCUGCAAACGGCAGUUCUACGUCAACUUCAAGGACAUCGGCUGGAACGACUGGAUCAUCGCGCCGCCCGGUUACCACGCCAACUACUGCGAGGGGGAGUGCCCCUCCCACGUGGCGAGCAUCACCGGCUCCUCGCUGUCCUUCCACUCCACCGUCAUCAGCCACUACCGCAUGCGGGGCUACAGCCCCUUCCAGAACCUGAAGUCGUGCUGCGUGCCCACCAGGCUACGGGCCAUGUCCAUGCUCUACUACAACGAGGAGCAGAAGAUCAUCAAGAAGGACAUCCAGAACAUGGUGGUGGAGGAGUGUGGCUGCUCGUAGACACCGAGAGCCGGUCCGGAUCGGUCCGGAACGAACUGGACUGGAGAGGAAGGAGGACUCCAGAGAA